AUGAGACCCGCUGGCAUUCAUCUUCUUUUCGCUGCCUUCGUGCACUGGCAGUCAGUAUGGGCAACUGAGUAUAACGUGCGCGACUCCGUUUCAACUGAGACUAUUACGUCAACCUCGUUUGAUGUUAUUACUGCCACUUUGACCAGUGCGAUUACCAUCACUACAACAUCUUCAAUAUGCUCACUUGGCUCUACUCAGCCCACUGGGUCGUGUACGUCGAAUACAGCAUGGUAUGACGGCACAGACUACUGGAGUGCAAUGUGCACCUCUGCCUCCUUGUCAGGUAUAGAUGUUUUCUCAAUUGUACUAAACAGCCCCUUUUCCAGCUGUUUGGCGGCUUGCAGUAGAUAUGCACAAUGCAAAGGGAUCGAUAUCUACACUACAAGUACAAGGACAACCUGUUACUUGAUCGAAAACUCAGCGACACUAGUUACGACUGCUGCCUCAGAUAGGGGUGAGGUCCAGCGUUUGACUAUAAAUCCGUGCUUGGCCACCUUGACAGAGACUCAGACAUUGACAUCCACGGAAGUGACAACUGUUGCUGUGUCAUAUACUACGACUGAAAUUAUAUCUGUAACUCCGAGUCCGACGCCAUCCUCGACCUCGACACCUUCUACCUCACCGUCAUCGUCGAGCAUUCCUUCAGCAUCGAGCACUCCUGCAUUAUCAAGCACUCCUGUUUCAUUGAGUGUUCCGGCCUUAUCAAAUACUCCCGCGUCAUCAAGCACUCCUGUGCGAUCAAGCACCCCUAUAUCACUGGCAUCAAGCACUCCUGCGGCGAGUCCUGCCUCAUCAAGCACUCCGGUCUCAUCUACCUUACCAACAUCUUCAAAGCCAAAAUCUUUUUCACGAUCGCUAUUCUCUUCGAGCUCAAAAUUACCCUCAGCAGUCGGGUCUUCAGCGCCUUCUAUCAAAUCAACAUCCACAGUUCUCCCCAGCUCACACCCCGUUUUGCCGGUUAAGAGCUGUAGCCACGUUCCCACUCAAUCAUUUUCUAGCCGCCCUUCGCUAUCUGAGAGCAGCUCAUCAUUCUCUCAGAUCUCUUCGCCCACUCUCUCAUCCGAGUCAACUCAGACAACCCUGAUUACCACUUCUUCUCCUUCUUCUUCAACGGAAUUAACAACAUCCACCAUCUUACGCACAUCAACCUGGCCGGUUUUAGUGUGCCCUGAACAUCUCAAGGAAUGCCCGGCUAGUCUCCAGAGCCAAUCCACAACUACAAGCACGAUUACCAUCGGCACAACAGUCUUCCCAAUUCAUCCAACCGGCUCCGAACUAUCAACAACUGAAACAUUCUGGACCACCGAAACUACUACGGUCCUCCGAUGCCCUGAGACGGUAAUUGACUGUCCAUUGACUGAUCGCGUCCCACAUACAACUACUCGUACUAUCGCCACAAGGACUGCUAUCUAUCCUAUGACGACCUCAACGGAGUUUUCUACCACGACAUACAGCGUUACCUCCUGUCCAGCUUGGAACAAAAAGUGCCCCGAGUCUGAGAAAACCACCAAAGUAACCACGGAGACUAUUCCUGUGGGCACAUCGGUAUAUCCGAUUUUUCCAGUCACGAAAAUUGAGACUGUGACAGAAACCGUGCCUGUUGCCUCAACGGUCUACAUCACAGCAAUUUCAACGAUCCUGGCCUGUCCAGCUCCGAAUUAA